AUGAAGGAUAAGGGUAAGAAAGAGAUGGAAGCCGAGCAGGUUCAGUUCGGAAAGUUCGACCAGUUCUGUGAAAUGACGCUGGCAGAUAAGGGCCGCUCCAUCAGCGAUGCAUCUGAUAAGAUCGAGACCUUGGAGGCUGACAUCCAGCAGGCAAUUUCCGAGGCGGAGCGUCUGACCAACGAGAUCGCUGCUCAUGAAGGCGACAUCCAGUCUGCAACGACCGAGAAGACCGAGGCCACCGCCCUCCGUGAGAAGGAGCGUGGCGAGUUCCAAACCACUCUGCAGGACUACACGGAGUCGGUCGAUGCGAUCGGACGGGCAUUGAAGGCCCUCAAGGAAGAGGACAAGAAAACGUCCUUUGUUCAACUGACGGCUGCCAAGAGCAUGAAGCUGAUGCCGAGCGAGGCUGUUGACAGCAUUGAUGCCUACCUGAAUGCCAACAAGCCAAGCAAGCCGAGCUUCAUCACGCAGAAAACAGCUGCCACGAAGCCCGAGCCGAAGACUUACGAGUUCCAGUCUGGUGCCGCAAUCACAAUGCUGGAGACCCUGGCAGACAAGUUCGUCGACGAGCGCAACAAGCUGGAGCAGGAGGAGCAGGCCAAGCGCCAUGCCUUCGAGCUCCUCGCCCAGCAGCUGACGGCCCAGCUGGCGCAGUCCAAGAAGGAGAAAGCAGAGAAGGAGCAGUUCAAGGCCAAGAAGCUGCAGAGCAAGGCAUCCUCCGAGGGAGACCUUGCAGAGACCAAGGCAGACAAGGAGGCCGACGAGAAGUACUCCGCAGACCUGAAGGCCACCUGCAAGAAGAAGGCCGCGGCCUUUCAGGAGCGCCAGAAGACGCGGCAGGAGGAGAUCGAGGCCGUCAGCAAGGCACAGGAGAUCAUCUCCAGUGGCUCCGUCGCUGGUAAGGCCGAGAAGCAUCUGCCGAGCCUUCUGCAGAAAGGUGCAGCGCUGGCCUUUUUGCGUUCUGAGAGCCACUCCCCGAAGCAGGACCAGGUGGCACGCUUCUUGCAACAGCGGGCCACCGCCUUGAACAGCCGCAUGCUCUCUGCCCUGGCAGUGCGCGUGGGCGCCGAUCCCUUGGCCAAGGUCAAGCAGAUGAUCCAGCAGCUCCUCACCAAGCUGAAUGACCAGGCCAAGGAGGAGGCAACGAAGAACAACUGGUGUGUCACGGAGCUUUCCACUAACAAGGCCACGCGCGAGGAGAAGACGGACACCUCCGACUCACUGCAGUCGGAAAUCGACACCUUGAAGGCCUCCAUUGCGAAGCUUAUGGAUGAGAGCACCACGUUGAGCAAAGAAAUCUCUGAGCUGGAUUCAGCAAUGGCCAGUGCCACGGACUUGCGCGAGAAGGAGGAAGCCAAGAACAAGGUUGCAGUCGCAGAUGCCAAGGAAGCACAGGAAGCUGUGGCGCAGGCCCUGACAGUGCUCAAAGAGUUUUAUGCCAAGGCAGCCGGUGCGACUUCCUUCGUCCAAGCCAGUUCCGCAUCCACUGUAGCUCAUGGCCAGCCGGAGAUCUUCGGCGACGAGGCCUACACGGGCAUGGGCGGAGACAGCGGUGGUGUGCUCGGCCUGCUGGAGGUCAUCGAGAGCGACUUCGCGCGGCUGGAAGCAGAGACGACUGCGGCCGAGGAGGCAGGCAAGAAGGAGUACGAGGAGUUCAUGGAUGACUCUAAGGCUGACAAGGCCACCAAGGAGACGACCCUGAAGCAGAAGACCACAAAGAAGAACACCGCAGCACAGGAGCUGAGCACCCGCCAGAGUGACCUGGAGGGAACCCAGAAGGAGCUCGAGGCCGCCAAUGCCUAUCUCGAGAAGCUGAGGCCUGAGUGCAUCGACACAGGCAAGUCCUAUGCAGAGCGCAAGGCCCAGCGGGAACAAGAGAUCAAGGACCUGAAGGAGGCUGUGGAAAUGCUCGAGAACCUGUGA